AUGUCGAGAAUAAUCCUACUCAGCGUCCUGGCUCUCGCCGCCUCAGCUCAGCGAGUGGUCGACGUCACACCUUGCGAUGAUUCCGGAAAUGGAACUCUCAUCAAAUUUGUCAUUACCCCGUGCUCAACUGACCCCUGUGAGUUAAGGAAGGGCACUUUUGUCCACUUCGCAUUUACUUACGUCGCGGACAAGUUCAGCGAGACUGUCAACCUGAGUGGCACAGCUACGGGACCUUUCGGGAUCAGGCUCCCUAUCCCUGGGAUCGAUGGUGAUAUGUGCAAGGUUGUCGCCUGUCCCGUUUCAGAGGGCGCGACCUACACCGGAGCAUUGUCCUUGAGAAUCGCCAGGAUCCCGAUUUCCAAGACCACGGUGGAGAUGAAAGUUUUCGGAGAUGCCGGCCUCAGUGCGUGUUUCGUCUUCCCGGUGACGCUCGUCUGA